CUUACUGAUGUUUCCCGGCCCACAUCACCAGCCUACGCACUUCCGCUGACGCCCAAUAAUGAUACGACGAGCAGGCGCACAUUCUGCUUCCACCUGACGUUACAGCAGCACUAUCCCUCUACCCCAUUUCAAGCUACAAACAGGAAAAAAAAUCCAAGACGUGCCUACAAAGAAUUCUUCCUCUCUCUCAAACGAACUAACUAUCCAGGCGAGAGAAAGAGAGAGAAGAGGCUGCGGCCCACAGAUUUGUAUUUUUUGUAACGGAGCGGAGAGGAUAUGGUGAAGCCGGCAGGAUGGGUUGUGGUUCUCCGGGCACAACACCUUCUGCUUCUCGCCACCAUAUUGGUCGGGUACGGGGAGUGUAAACCCGGCGCGCCGCCCUACACCAACGACUUCGCCGUGCAGACCAGAGACGGGAAGCCCGACACGGCCGAGCUGCUGGCCAGGAAAUAUGGCUACCUCAACCUGGGACAGAUCCGUGAACAGAGAGACUUGUACCACUUCCGCCACCGGGGCGUGCCCCAUAUCCGGCGCAGGCGCAGUGCGGCGCAGCAGAGCAGGCUGGAGAAUGACAUCCGGGUCCGAAGUGCAGUGCAACAACAGGGCUUUCCCCGCAGGAAGCGCGGGUAUAACCACGUGACCGACAACUACCGUCAGAUCGACAUCAACGACCCGCUCUUCCCCAAACAGUGGUACCUGUUGAAUACUGGUCAGGCGGAUGGGAAGCCCGGACUGGACCUGAAUGUCCUGGAGGCGUGGGAGAUGGGCUACACCGGACAGGGCGUCACCAUCGCCAUUAUGGACGACGGAGUUGACUACCUGCACCCUGACUUGGCUGAUAAUUACAACGCAGACGCUAGUUACGACUUCAGCAGUAAUGACGCCUUCCCGUACCCCCGAUACACGGAGGACUGGUUCAAUAGCCAUGGAACCCGCUGUGCCGGAGAGGUGGUGGGGAAAAUCAACAACGGGCUGUGCGGAGUGGGCGUGGCCUACGGCGCCAGAGUGGCAGGCAUCCGCAUGUUGGACCAGCCGUUCAUGACGGAUAUCAUCGAGGCGUCCUCCAUGGGGCACAAGCCGCAGGAGAUCGACAUCUACAGCGCCAGCUGGGGGCCGACGGACGACGGCCGGACGGUGGACGGGCCGCGCGAACUUACCGUGCAGGCCAUGGCGGACGGCGUCAAUAAGGGCCGUGGUGGGAAAGGCAGUAUCUACGUGUGGGCGUCCGGUGACGGGGGUAGUCAGGACGACUGUAACUGUGACGGCUACGCCUCCUCCAUGUGGACCAUCUCCAUCAACUCCGCCAUCAACGACGGGCGCACGGCUCUGUACGACGAGUCCUGCUCCUCCACGCUCGCCUCCACCUUCAGUAACGGCAGGAACCGGCACCCUGAGGCCGGCGUGGCCACCACGGACCUGUACGGGAACUGCACACUGAAGCACUCAGGCACCUCGGCAGCAGCACCAGAGGCAGCCGGGGUCUUCGCACUGGCACUCGAGGCCAAUCCGAACCUGACGUGGCGGGACAUGCAGCACCUGACGGUCCUGACGUCCAAGCGGAACCAGCUGUACGACGCCGUGCACGAGUGGCGGCGGAACGGCGUCGGGCUGGAGUUCAACCACCUGUUCGGCUUCGGCGUGCUGGACGCCGGCGCCAUGGUGAAGAUGGCCCAGGACUGGAACACCGUGCCCAAACGGUUCCACUGCACCGGCACGUCCAUGGCAGACACCAAGCCGAUCCCAGCAGAGGGGAGGAUUGUGGUCAAACUGACCACUGACGCGUGUGAGGGCCAGGAGAACUUCGUGCGCUAUUUGGAACAUGUGCAGGCUGUGGUGACCCUGCGGUCCACGCGAAGAGGUGACGUCACCAUCAACAUGACGUCACCCAUGGGCACGAAGUCCAUCCUGCUGAGCAGACGGCCCAACGACGACGACUCGGUCAAGGGCUUCGACCGCUGGCCGUUCAUGACCACGCACACCUGGGGGGAAGACCCGAGAGGAGACUGGGUGUUGGAGGUGGGCUUCCAAGGAGAAGAGCCACAGGAAGGCGACCUUCUGGAGUGGACACUGCGGCUGCACGGCACUCAAAGCGCCCCCUAUAUUGACCAGGUGGUGGACGAAUGGCACACUAAGCUGGGGAUGGAAAAGAAACGCCAAGAGCUCGAUCUGAAGGAAGAAAAGAAGGAAGAAAAGGAGGAAGAGGAAGAAAAACGCCAGGAGAAGGCUGAAGCAGAAGAGAAGAUCGAGAAAACAAAAAACGAAGAAGAAGAAGAAGAAAAUGAACCGAAGAAAGGAAAGGAAGCCGGAAGCAGCUGGUUGUCGGUGAAGCCAAACUACAUGAUCGGUCUGUAGAGCGGAGGUAGCUCUGAAGCUACUCAUGAUCAUAAUGAGAUGAUUUCGUUUUCUUAGUUUAGCUCAUAAGAGAGGAAGUUGGUCAGCUCUAUACAUGUACAUCACUGGGUGUCGAGAAUACCCUGGUCGCAUUUAGCCUCAAUCAGAGUGUAUAUGUAACAAUCACAGAUAUAUAUAUGGUUCUACUUAUUGUAUGUUGGGGUAUGGCGUAAUAUGAGGGAAGGUGUUCGUCUGUGGAGUGGAUUGGCAGCGUCUAUAUGGAAUUGAAGCAAGGGAUUGUGACAAAUGUCGGUGUGUACACGCUUAACUUGAUUUGACUUGAUAUCCCGACAAAGCCAUGGAGUAAUAUUAAUUGUGGGCU